AUGGAAAUUGCCGAGUGGCUGCACGCCACAAAGCGUGUCUUCAAUCAUGGCCGAGAAGCUCAGCUCAGUCCCUCUUCACCUCUAUCACAAGACGAUCAGGCCUCCAUUGAUACACGAUAUAAGCGCUCGAUUGGUAUCAACUUUUGGCUUGGCAUCACAGGACGGCAAAGCCGACGCGCCAAAGCUGAGACGGUCCGUGCGCCAGCGACCGAGCGCUAUUUGGCAUUGGCCCCAACCAACCACCCACAAGACAGACAACAUCGAACCACUCCUCUCCCAAGAUCGCUGGUAACAGUCUCCUCUCAGGCCAACCGAGUCAACAACGGUCAACGGAUGUUCAUAAUGGGCCAGACCCCUGUCUUAUACACAGACAAAGCCUUGUCUCAGUUUCAGGAGAGCUGA